AUGAUCUCUUUUGAUGUAGUCUCCCUCUUCACUAACGUACCGAUAGAGGGCGCAUGCAGUACGGCCCUGCAACGCAUGCAAUCCGAUCCCACAUUAUCAGAACGUACCACACUUAUGCCCGAACAAAUAGCCGAACUCCUGGAGUUCGUCCUCAGAUCCACAUAUUUUCUGUACAGAGGCUCUUUCUAUGAGCAAACAGAAGGAGCAGCAAUGGGUAGCCCAGUCUCAGCGGUUGUGGCUAACCUAUAUAUGGAAGGUUUUGAACAGAACGCUUUGCCCAAGUGUCCUUCCACAUGCCACCCUCGGGUGUGGAAGAGAUACGUCGAUGACACUUUCAUAAUCGUAAAUAGAUCCGAAACAGACAGCCUACUCUCAUACAUGAAUAGCCAGCAACCGUCCAUCCAGUUCACUCUGGAGACUGAGCAAGGAGGGAAAUUAGCAUUCCUUGACACGCUAGUCCAAAGACACGAGGGCGGGAAACUCUCCACCUCUGUCUACCGCAAGCCCACUCAUACAGACCAAUACAUACCAUUUGAUUCUCACCACGACAAAUCGGUCAAGAAAGGUCUUGUUAAAUGCCUGUUCGACAGAGCAGCGCGUAUCAUAACUCACCCACCUGAACUCCCGAAAGAAAGAGCACACAUACGUGGCGCCUUGUACAGCAACGGCUACCCACGCCGUUUUAUCAAGAACACUUUCAAGAAAAAACUACCACCAAGGGAUCAGAAGGUUUUCAAGACUUGCAGUCUUGCCAUACAUAGAUGGCCUCUCACAACAACUUAA